GUUACAUUAACGGUGGGCAAAGCAGGCAUCUGGACAGGCCCUAGGAGCCAAGCCAGGAGGGUCAUGUGUUUCUAGCACAACAAGGGGAUUCCGUGGCCAGUUGCACGUUCUCCAUCCUAUUGUGUCACCGGCUGCUAGUUUAUGGGGUUUGGGUGAAGGUUUUUGCUGACAACGUUCAGUGGGGAUUAUUGGGCAGGCCACAUGUACACAGCCUUUGUUUGGGCCUUUUCUUCUCCCUCCCUGAAAGUGUAAGGUUAAUUGGGGCCCCAGAGAUAAAAAAAAAAUUAUAAUUGUGCAGUGACAAGAGUUUUUCAUAGGAAAGGUCAGGAGAGAGUAAUAGCAUCAGAAUGAGCCUGAGGACUGCAAAUUGGCAAUGAGGCGUAGGGAUUAUACCACAAUUGCACUAGGAGAACAUCUUACAAGACAUGUCUUUAAAUUACAUCAAGAACUUCUAUGAAGGAUGUCUUAGGCCUCCAACAGUGGUCGGUCAAUUCCACACACUCUUCUUUGGCUCAGUCCGAAUGUUUUUCCUUGGUGUUUUGGGUUUUGCGGUCUACGGCAAUGAAGCCUUACACUUCAGCUGUGAGCCAGACAAGAGGGACAUUAAUCUAUUCUGUUACAACCAAUUCAGACCUAUAACCCCACCGGUAUUCUGGGCUUUACAGCUAGUGACCGUACUGGUACCUGGAGCCAUUUUCCACCUUUAUGCUGCAUGUAAAAGCAUCGCUCAGGAAGAUAUCCUCCAAAGACCUGCCUACACCGUUUUUUAUAUUCUUUCUGUUCUGUUAAGGAUCAUCCUUGAAGUUGUGGGCUUUUGGCUUCAGAGUCAGCUCUUUGGUUUCCAAGUGAAUCCGCUCUACAGAUGUGAUGCAGGAGCCUUUGAUAAAAAGUUUAAUAUUACCAGAUGCAUGGUACCAGAACACUUUGAAAAGACUAUCUUCCUUAUUGCUAUGUACACAUUUACUGUGAUUACUAUUAUGUUGUGUAUUGCAGAGAUUUUUGAGAUCUUGUGUAGAAGGUUGGGCUUCUUUAAUAGUCAGUAACUACAAUGUUAUAAUGAAUUAUUUCUAUUUGUUUAUCAUCACAUUUCUGUACAAAGAGCAGAGCUAUCCAUUUGAAACAAAAAUUACUUUCUUUAAAUAACAAAGUCAAGUUGCAUCUUAAAAAUAUUAUUUAAAUAUCAGC